AACGUUUCCUACUUAAAAACUCUUGCCAAGCACGCGCGAUCAUGCAUCACAACAUACGCGCAUAACGCCUACAUCCUCUCAGUUGGCCGCGCGUUUACGAGCGCGUUAAUAUCCUAGCACAAUGCGUUCACCUUAGCCUUAGUCGUCAUUUUCUUUCAUUUCGAAACAGAAGUAUUUGAAUCCGGCCCAACCGCGUGCACCAAUCCGCUCCGGAUUAAAUAAUUAAACGCGAGCGUCUGGUCUCGCUCUGCUCGCGCGUGUCGCGCCAGGCAGAGGAGGAAAGCGAAAGUGUUGGCGAAGCAAAAAUAGAAGAGCAAAACGUAAAGGUAAAGCGCGAGGCGUUUUCGAUGUAUAAAACGGCUCGGUGCAACCGAUUUCCUUCGAAUGCGUCGGCCUCGUGGCCCGAUUAGCGCGCCGCGAUCGCUUUUACUCCCGAUCGACUCCGCCGCGACCUGCAGUUCGCUCCAAACCAUUCGUGUGAUCGUGCGUGUGUCAUCCUCCUCCUCCUCCUCCUCCUCCUCUUCCUUCUCCUCCUCCUCCUUCUCCUCCUUUCAACCGUGCGUGUCGUCGACUAUUACCACUUCCUCGGCCGCAACGAAUUCGCGCCACGCUACUCGCCGUGUGCAUCCUCGAGAUCUUGAAGGAUCCACUUUCGAUCGAGCCCCACUCCAAACGCGAUCCAAUUCUUCUUCUUCGAAGAGGCGAUCUCCUUCCAUUCGAGGAUCAUCGAAGAGAGAGAGGAGCACCACGAUCGGCGAUUCCAUCGAUCUCCCCCCCCCACUUCGCCCCGGCGGAAGUGCUCGGCGGCCAAUCCACGGGGAGGAAUCAAGCUUAGGGCUCGCUUCGAUAUAAAUCCUUUGCCGAUCGAAUAUAAAAGCGAGCGAACGCAGGACAUGUCCGCGAGACUCGUUGCGUGGCCGAAACUGGUAACGAGGAGGUUGGUCGUGACAACACCCUCGAGACGAUUAUUCACGGUGUUUACGAGCGUUCGUUGGCCGGGACACGCCGGAGAUAGGCAACAGGCGAGACGAUUCGGCCCGACGUUCUUGAGAACCCUCGAACCGAGAUCCUUCAACGAGAUGCCGCACGCGGUCGACAUAUAUUAUCCGCAAGUUUCCACAUUGGCCACUAAUGUAGCGAAGAGUCCAUCCUUCAAUAAUAAUUACGAAUAUAUAGGGAAGACACCUUUGUUGAACACACCAUCGGAAUGCCUCAGUCCAAAACUUCGUUCGUAUAUAGAGGAAUGUGCAUCCCUUUGUUGCCCCAAAGAUAUCUAUAUUUGCGAUGGAAGCGACAUAGAAUACGAUCACCUGUUGAAACUCAUGGAAAAGAUGGGAACUAUAUCACCCUUAACAAAAUAUGAAAAUUGUUGGCUUGCCAGGACGAAUCCUGCAGACGUAGCACGAGUUGAGAAAUUCACGUUUAUCAGCACAGAACGUAAAUCCGAUACAGUUCCCACUACACGCAAAGAUGUUACUGGAGAAUUGGGUAAUUGGAUUUCUCCGGCUGACAUGGACAAAGCAAUCCUUGAACGUUUUCCAGGAUGCAUGAAAGGCCGAACAAUGUACGUCAUUCCAUUCAGUAUGGGUCCAGUUGGUUCAACUCUUUCAAAAAUUGGAAUAGAGAUUACAGACUCUCCAUACGUUGUUUGUUCCAUGAGAAUAAUGACCAGAAUGGGUAGAAAAGUUCUAGAAGCUCUUGAGAAUGAUAAUUUUGUCAAAUGUUUGCAUUCUGUCGGUGUUCCAAAGAUUGAUUCAAAAGUUAAUGUUGAUUGUUCCUGGCCAUGUGAUCCAGAAAGAACGAUCAUUCUUCAUAAACCAGCCAAAAAUGAAAUAGUCUCUUAUGGGAGCGGUUACGGUGGAAAUUCUUUGCUCGGUAAAAAAUGUUUUGCCUUGAGAAUUGGCUCGACUAUCGCCAGAAAUGAAGGCUGGCUUGCAGAACAUAUGCUUAUAUUGGCUAUCACAAAUCCAAAAGGUAAAAAGCGUUACAUUACUGCUGCAUUCCCUAGCGCGUGUGGCAAGACCAACCUGGCCAUGAUGAAGCCGACAUUACCAGGGUACAAAAUCGAAUGCGUAGGUGAUGAUAUCGCUUGGAUGAAAUUCGAUAAGGAAGGUAGACUUCGUGCCAUAAAUCCAGAAUACGGAUUUUUUGGUGUCGCGCCUGGAACUAGCUCCGCCACUAAUCCUAACGCCAUGAAAACUAUUUUCAAAAACACUAUCUUCACCAAUGUAGCUUCCACUAGUGAUGGUGGAAUCUUUUGGGAAGGAUUGGAGAAAGAAGUUGAUGAUGAUAUUGAAAUCACUGAUUGGCAAGGCAAGAAAUGGACCAGAGGAUCCAAAUCGCUAGCAGCACAUCCAAAUUCCAGAUUCUGUUCCCCAGCUGGACAGUGUCCUAUUAUCGAUCCAGCUUGGGAAGAUCCAAAUGGUGUUCCCAUAGAUGCUAUUCUUUUUGGAGGUCGAAGACCAGAAGGUGUUCCUCUUGUAUACGAAGCUAGAAAUUGGCAACAUGGUGUUUUUAUUGGAGCUUCGAUGAAAUCUGAAGCUACUGCUGCAGCAGAAUAUAAGGGAAAGAUAAUCAUGCACGAUCCGUUUGCCAUGAGACCCUUCUUUGGCUACAAUUUUGGACAUUAUCUCGAUCAUUGGCUAAGUAUGGGCAAAAUGAAGAAUGCCAAUCUACCAAGUAUAUUCCACGUGAAUUGGUUCAGAAAGAAUGCGGAUGGCAAAUACCUUUGGCCAGGAUUCGGUGAGAAUUCUCGCGUUCUGGAUUGGAUUUUUCGCAGAAUCGAGGGCGAGGAUAUUGCUACAGAUUCUCCUAUAGGUCUAUUACCUAAAUUAGAAUCGUUCAAUUUAGAAAAUUUGAAAAUGAAAAUAGACAUGGAAGAGUUAUUCAGAUUACCGAAAAGUUUCUGGCAGGAGGAAGUUAAAGAGCUUAGAGAAUACUUCGAUGCACAAGUCGGUGAUGAUUUGCCUUCAAUCAUUCGUGCAGAACUUGAGCUUCUUAGUUCUAAUGUAGAUCAACUUUAAAAUAAUAUCAUUUUUUUAUAUUUUUAUCCAGAAAUAACGUCAAAUUUGAUUAAAAUUAAUUUUUUUUUUAUCGAAAUUAAGCGAGGAAAGAUUAAAAGAAGUUUAAAAUUAUGAAUCAAAUUAUUAAGAUUCAUAUUGAAUUCAGAAAUCAUAAUCUAGCUAAUUGUUAAAUUUUUUCCAUUAUAUCGAAAUGUGAUAUAUUACAUUUUGAUUUUUAGUAAAAUAUCAAAUUGAAUCAUCCAUAUUCAUUGAAAUAUUUUCCGAAUAUUUUUCAUUUUUAACAUCACAUUGUUAGAAAGUACUUAUAAUUUUAUAAUUAUUUGGAACAGAUUUUUUUAGAGAAGGACCGUGUAUGAGUAUGCAAGUCAAUAUACAAUGAAAUAAUUUAUCAUUUAGAAUAAAAAAAAUAUGUAUUUUCAAUAUACAUUUUAAAUAAAAAAUAAUUAAUAAUGAAUAAAUAUUAUCCAUUUUUUUUUAAAUUAAUUAUUAAUUAGAUAAAUAAACACUAACAUUGAAAGACAAUAAAUAGAGUUUAAUAAUUUUUAUUUCAAAUAAAAGAUGGGAAAUUCUUCUACUAAUUGUAUUUAUUGACCUAAUAUUUUAAUUACCUAAAUAAUAUUUAUGAAAGACUUCAAAUAUAAGACAUUUAAAAUUGUACAUUUGAAUAUAUAUAGAUAUAUUACAAAAUUUUUGCGAUCAUAUACAUAUACAAUUAAAGAUUUAAGAACAGUUUUAUCAUAUCACUUAACAUUUAAGUUUAUGAAAUAAACAAAAGAGAGCCAGAUAUCUUACUGAGAUUGUUUCGUAAUUUCUUAUUAAAAUUUAAAUAUAACAUUUUAUCAAUUUACCAUGUAUAUAUGUAUAAUUAAUAUAAUAAAAAAUAAAUAUAACAUAAUUAAAAACAAAUAA